AUGGCGCGCCCCAAAAAGCCUAGCAUGCUUGAUCUGGGCCUGGGCACCUGGAGCCCUGGCAGCCAGGAGGAGAGCCGCAAGGCUCCGGCACCUUCCAGGGGCAAGCAGCUGCCGGAGUACAAGGCCGUGGUGGUGGGCGCCAGUGGGGUGGGCAAGAGCGCGCUGACCAUCCAGCUGAACCACCAGUGCUUCGUGGAAGACCACGACCCCACGAUCCAGGAUUCCUACUGGAAGGAGGUGACCCUGGACCACGGCGGCUACAUCCUGAAUGUGCUGGAUACGGCCGGCCAGCCCACGCACAAGGCCCUGCGAGACCAGUGCCUGGCUGCGGGGGAUGGCGUGUUGGGUGUCUUCGCCCUGGAUGACCCGGCGUCCCUAACGCAGCUGCAGCAGAUGCGGGCCACCUGGGGCCCUCACUACACCCGGCCCCUCGUCCUCGUGGGCAACAAGUGCGACCUGGUGACCGCCGCCGGAGAGGCCCGUGCCGCCGCCGUGGCCCUGGCCAAGAGCUGGGGGGCCCCCUUCGUGGAGACCUCGGCCAAAACCCGCCAGGGUGUGGAGGAGGCCUUCGCCCUGCUCAUCCACGAGAUCCAGAAGGUGCAGGAGGCCGUGGCCAAGGAGCCUGAGAGUAAGUCCCGCCACCAGAAGACCAUGUGUCACUGCGGCUGCUCCGUGGCCUGA